AUGAUCAUACUCACUCCUCUUAUUUCACCAAUCGUGGUUGAUCGAUUGCCGGCGAUGAUGCAACGUAGUCUUCUACUACUAAAAACUAGAAGUUACCCACACUUAUAUAAUAAACAUCACACUAAAAUGAUUUAUCUUAAGGGAGUAAACCCUCAUAUGAACUGCUGUGAUGAACAAUUAAUUAAAUGUCCAACAGAAAACACACAACCAACACAAUCAUCAAAGUAUGAAGAUGAUCGAUUCUAUUAUGCCCAACCAUCAUUCGAAAAGAACUUUUCACAUGAUAUUGUAUUCUUUUUAUCACCACCAUCACCUACGUCAACUGAUAAUAUAAUAAUAUUAAAUAAUAAUAACAAUUAUAAUCAAAAUAAUAUUCGUUAUAAUAUAAAUGAUAAUGGCGAUAGCUUUAUCAAUAUAAAUGAUUAUAUCACUUUAAAUGAAUCUUUUGAAAAGGAAGUUAGGAUAUAUUCACAUAAAACAAUGAUAUUAAAUGGUUCAGACUACUUUAAAAAGUUACUUAACGAAGUCUCCGUAGACACAACAGAAAUAGAGAUUGCCAUCCCCAACGUGUCAGUAAAUGUCUUUUUCCAAGUCUUAAUGUUUCUUUACACUUCAACUCUGACAAUUGAAAUCGAUACUCUCAAUGAGAUUUUUUUGGUUUGUGACGAGUUCCAGCUGGAAAAUGCCAAAGAAAUCUGUAUAGAUUUUGUCAGAUCUAUAGAAAAUAAAGUAUUGGAAAAUUUUUUAUUUGAUCAAAAAAAAACAAUAUGUCCUGAACUAUAUAGCUAUAUUGUUGAUCAAGCUGUUGAAAACUCUACCUACUUUUUGCAGGUGAACAGAGUGCAUAAAUUAUCAAAAGAUGUACUUUUCCUCAUCCUAAAGAGUGAUGGUGUAUAUUUGAAAGAGAUAGAGAUAUUCAAUUCGGUUUUGGUGUGGAUUCGUGCCAAUAUCGAAGGUGUCAAAAUUGAAAGAAUUGUCGAUAGUGAUAUUUACGGUACAUCAGAGAAUAACAACAAUAACUACAAUAAUAACAAUAAAAUAGUUAGAACACAAUUGGAGGAGAUUUUCCAAUUUAUUCGUUUCCCACUGAUGAGCUACGAGGAUUUAAUUUCUGGCGUCGAACCAUAUCAUAUUAUACCAGACCGAUUGCUAUUGGAAGCUUAUCGAUACAUUUCAAUGAAAGCACACUCAAAAUUACCUCGAUCCUCUAUAAUUAUCAGCAACCAUCGAUUGAAAAAUCGUAACAUUACAACUCUUCAACCAGGUAUCGAUGUCUUCAGUAUAGUUUGUCGAAGCCACAAGUGUUGCUCAUCUGUUUUGUGGCCCAUCAACAACUUUAAAUCCAUUAGGACUCAUAAGCAUGUCUCCAAUACCUUUACAAUGUUCGGACUCCAAUGGAAACUGUGGGCCUAUCCAGCAGGUGAAACUAAACACCCAGGUUCUAUCUCGGUCUAUCUAGAAGCGGUCAGAGUCUGUGGGAAGGAAUCAUUUGAUUUCCUAAGAAAGAUAACAUUCUUUUUCUCUUUGGUCAACCAACAUAAUAUAUCAUACUCGAAACAUUACCCAUCUUCACCCAACAUAUUGUUCAAUAACCACAGGAGUGUUUGGGGAAUUGGUUUGAUCGAUUUGAAUUCACUCUAUAACCCAGAAUUAGGUUAUUUAGAUAAUGGUACCGUUUGUAUUGAACUCCAUAUUUUAAAAUGUUAUUCCAUAAAAAGAUAA